AUGAGUCCUUCAGGCACAGGGAAAACUUGUGCAUUUAGCAUAUCUUUAUUGAAUCGAAUUAUAAAAAAUUACACCAAGGAAGAAGGAAAUAUAUAUAUAAAAGAGCAGAAUAACUGUCCAUUAGCUCUAAUAAUUGCUCCAACAUCAGAAUUAGUAAAACAAAUUGAGAUCGAGUUAAGAAAAAUAUCAAGAGACUUGCCUAUUUUGAUAUCAAGUGUUGAAGGAUCAUCGAAACUAGAUGAUGUCUGGGCAGAUCUCAAAACAUCACACAUCCUAAUUAUAACACCAGGAAUCUUAAACAAAUAUACUAAAUCCAGAAACAUAAAGUUCUUCAGAGUUAUUUCUAUUGUUAUAGAUGAAUGGGACAAAUUAUUUUCAGACAAAUAUUUAUUUUUGGAAAUUGAGAAAUUCUUUCAAAAGAAAAUGGUUAAUCUUCAACAGAUUAUAGUUUCUUCAGCAACAUGUAACCCAGAAGCUUUUCAAAAAUUAACAAAGCUUUUCCCAUUGGAAUGGAAAAUCAUUUCAUCAGAUAUCCAAGAAAAUAAUAUAAAAUCGAGACAUUUUCUUAAAAGAAUUGGUUCCUUUGAGAAGAGAAUCAAAUUCACAAUCAAUUCACUUAGGAAAAUCAAAUUUCAGCAAGCAUUAAUAUUUUGCAAUUUAAGAGAACUUGCUAGUUCAUGCAAUGAUGCUCUAAACGCAUGUGGUUUUCCUUCUUUUUAUAUUAGUUCACAAAUUGAUCAAUCACAAAGAAUUGAUAUUGUCGAAGAAUUUCGCGAUAUGGAAUAUAGAUGUUUAGUUACUACAGACUUAGUUGCACGAGGUUUGGAUAUUCCAACUGUAAAUAUUGUCAUUAAUCUCGACAUGGCUCAUGAUCCCGAAACAUUAAAACACAGAGUGGGACGUGUCGGACGGUUUGGGACCGAUGGAAUGACAAUAAGUCUUUUGAAAAGAUCUGAAUGUCGGCAAAUUCCAGAAAUUAAAAAAAUUACAGGAUUGAAAUUUGAAUCUUAUUCUGAAAGUCAGCAAUAUCAUAUUGACUUACCACCAAUAGGUAAUGAAGAUAAGCUGCAAAACUUUGAAAAACUUUUAGAAUCUCAAGAAAAAUGUAAAGAUAUCGAAGUUGAUAUAAAUCUUAAUGAAAAAGGUGAAGAGGAAGAAGAAAUACAUGAUGAAAAUGAAGAAAUUGGAGAUAUUGAAAAGCCGUCAAACGAAAAGCAAAAUCCAGAGGAAGUUCCUCAAAACAGGCAAAUUUGGUUUAGCCCUGAAUAUUGGGAAAACUAUUAUCAACAAUGUCAAAAGUAUCGACCUCCAAUAUGA